UGGCACUUGACGCUUAAUGUUACAGUGAAUAUAUGCUCUCCUAAUUAAAAAUCAAUCGCGACUGAAUCAGUUUUUAAAAACAAGCCAUCAGAUUAAAGAAACAUGCCGUGUUAUUGAACCAGACUUUAUGGGGUCCAAAGGAAAUUCUUUUGUACAAGAUUUGAUGGUGUUUGCAUUUCAGGAAUGCUUCUUUGGUGUGUUUGCCCACUGAUACCUUUAAGCCUUGCCACAAUAAAAUAGACCAAAGUUCUCAAAUAGACGUGUAUACGAUAUUGUUAAUAUUUGGAUGAAUUAAAUCUAAUCUAUUCUAAAAAUCAACCUGACUGAAUCCCAGUUAAAUUUUAUUAUGGCUUGGCAGUGUGUUUCUCUCAAUCAGUAAUGUUGGGUCUUUCUUUAUUCUGUACCAAUUUCUCUCACCCCUUUUCUCAGGGUCCACCUGGACGAGCUGGCUUUCCGGGAGACAAAGGAUCAUUGGGCAUUCCUGGAAGAAUGGGCAUAAAGGGAAAUUCGGGGGAUAAGGGAGCACCAGGGGAGCCGGGUCUGUCUAUCAUUGGCCCACGAGGACCUCCUGGACAACCUGGUACUAGAGGAUUUCCAGGUUUUCCGGGUCCUAUCGGCAUGGAUGGGAAACCUGGGCAGAACGGCCCAAAAGGCGAUAUGGGUGCUCGUGGUCCUAAAGGAGUUCCAGGUGAACCUGGUCCAAAAGGAGAGAAGGGUGUAUGUGGUGACUAUACUCACAGGCAGAUGUUGCCCAUCACUGUGCGCAACAUGCCCUCAAUAAGCCCUCUAAUCCUAAAGCGCCUCAAGCAGGGUGAGCCUGGAGCACAGGGACCACCGGGGCCUCCUGGACCCCCAGGGCCUGCAGGAAGUCCUGGUCUUAAUGGCGCUCAUGGGCCCCCUGGUAAACCCGGAGAACCCGGGAAACCUGGAAAGGACCCAAGAAUGCUACCAGGGCUGAAGGGUGAACCUGGUGUACCUGGACAAAAGGGUGAUCGUGGUGAGGUGGGUCCAAGUGGACCUGAAGGCCCCAAGGGCAUUAAAGGAGAUGAUGGCAAGAAGGGGGAGCAAGGAUUGAAUGGGCAAAUGGGAGAAAAAGGAGAAAAGGGCGAGCUAGGAAUGCCUGGGAAACAAGGAGUAAAGGGGGAGUCUGGUUUUCCAGGCAUCCCUGGUCAAAAGGGUCAGGCGGGUGUUGCUGGUAUGACUGGGAAGCGGGGCUACAAGGGAGAGAAAGGUGACCCCAGUGCUGCAGGUGCUGGCAUUAAAGGUGAACCAGGCACCCCAGGACUGCCAGGACCAGCUGGACCCAAGGGUGAGAAAGGUGAUCAAGGCAUAAAGGGUGAACUUGGCCUGGAAGGUCCAUCUGGACCAAGGGGUCCACCAGGUCCGACAGGGGAGCCAGGAAAGACUUUGAUCAACAACAAUGAGAAUGAUAUUCGUAAUGUGCAUUCAAUGGGUCCUCCUGGUCUACCAGGGCCUCCAGGACUCCCAGGGACUCCAGGCUUGAAGGGUGAUGUUGGACUGCCAGGUCCCCCUGGUCUUGAUGGGGAAAAGGGUCCACGAGGAAAACCAGGAGAACAUGGACCCAUUGGCCCUCCCGGACCAGAGGGGCAACGAGGAGAGGGAGGCGUCAUGGGCUUCCCUGGGCCAAAAGGAGACAAGGGAGACAUGGGCCCAUCUGGAUCACCUGGUUUAGAUGGCCCUACUGGAGAAAAGGGGGUUUCAGGGCCACCUGGCUCUAUUGGAUUGCCAGGCCCAAUGGGUCAGAAAGGUGAACCUGGAGAGAAAGGAGACAAAUCAGAGCUGGUUUAUGGGCCUGCUGGACCUCCAGGACCCGCUGGGCCAGUUGGGCCAAUGGGGCCUCCGGGUUUGUUAGGACCAAAGGGAGAGCCAGGAGUCGGUCUGAGAGGAGAGAAGGGAUCACUUGGACAGAAAGGAGAUAAAGGAGACAGGGGCCAUCUUGGACUUCCUGGGGCUCAUGGUUUAGACGGCAGACCUGGUCCAGUGGGUCUGAUAGGACCGGCUGGAGUCCCUGGCCCUGCGGGACCAAAAGGAGAAAUGGGGGAAAAGGGAGAUAUGGGAGUACCAGGACCAAUUGGGCCUCAAGGCAUCCCUGGUUUAGUAGGACCACUGGGAUUAAAAGGAAACCGGGGGGAGAGGGGCAAGAAAGGCAACAGGGGGGCCAAAGGGGAUAAGGGAGACCAGGGAGCCCCAGGAUUAGAUGCCCCGUGUCCAUUGGGCGAUGAUGGUCUGCCAGUACCAGGGUGUUGGAAUAAAGGUCAGAAUCCGUUCCAGCUAGCCAAGAAGUAACACUGCCAUGAGAUCCGUGUGAUUCUGAAGAUUUUCCUUCACAAAGCGACACAAAAACUUUUUGGAAGAGUUUUGGGGAGAUCUUUGAGUUUGGGCUGCUCUGUGGUGUCUGUUUGAGGGAUUGUUUUUCCUGUCCAACCGACCUAUAGUAGAGGGCUUCAUAGGGCAGCAGACAUGAGAGGAUUGAUAUUGACUAGACUUCCAAGAAAUCGUCACCUCCCAUGCUAUUUAUUUCUGUUGUCACAGAAAAGGCAAAGAUGCAGAAGUAGCCAGGUUCUCCGAGUUUUACACACUUCUUUCUCUUUAUGUUAUUCACUAUGUGAAAAUAACAUGUUAGCACAUUUUAUUUCUUGUUAGUUCAAAUGAUUUUUAACGUCUGUGAUCAGAGGAUUCAGCGCAGCUCAUUGAACACAUGCACGCCACCUGAACAAACCAAAGAAAAAGACGAAAACCUUUGAUGAUUCCUGAUUCAAACUUUCACUGCCUUCUGAUGAGAGUUGCACGUAAAAUGCAAUCUCACAUACAGUACAUUUCUACUCAUAUUUGAUAUUUGUGAAGUAUGUAAAUAAUGAUCCAAUGUGAGCUCAGUACAGUGCUUUGUUUUGUGGCAUAUAGGUAUAGGUUAAGCCUAAUAUUAAUAUUUAUUAUUAUCCAAAAAGAAACUUUAAAGUCAACAACACAGCAAAGAUCAAAAAUAUUGUUCAAUGCAAUUUAAGAUAAUUUUAUAGAAGUUGGCAAUAAAUGUUUUUUUUUAGGCUAAGUGAAAAAUGUAAUAACCAUUUUAACAUGGGCAUUGUUGUUACAACGUCUCACUUCUGUAAAUAGCUUUAACAUGCAAAUGCUGACAUAAUCUGUGUAUUUUGCAAAACCCUACAGUAGUCAUAAAAUAAAGCUGUACACUUGAUGUAGGGCAGCUAAAAAUACAUAAUAAUUCAAGGUAGUUUUAAAAGGUUUUUUGGUUUAGCACAUGUGUAACUUUCAGAGGACAAGGGCUGAGCAGACCCGUGUUGCAAAUCUCUUUACUAAAGCUUUGGACAGUUGGUCACUUGUGACAGCUAGUUUAUUUUUGGUUGUCCAAUAUGAAAGUUAUUAUUAUCAGAUCCACAUCACAUGCUCACAGACACAGUAGUGCUAUGGACUGACGUUACCACAUCAUUACACUGCAAAAAUAUCAUUUUAAUUCUUUUUAAGAAAAAAAAAUCUUAGUAUUUUUGUCUUGUUUUCAGUAAAAAUAUCUAAAAAAAUUUUUAAUUAAGAUGCUUUUUCUUGAUGAGCAAAACAACCCAAGAAUAAAAGUCCAGUUUUUAGACCAAAAAUAUCAAAUUUAAGUGAUUUUGUGCAUAAAACAAGAAUUUAGUGUUUAAGAAAGUAUUUUAAGAUUUUUUUGCUUACCCCAUUGGCAGAUUUUUUUUGUGUUUGUUUUAUGCACAAAAUCACUUAAAUUUGUCUAAAAAACUUAAAUUGGUCUAAAAACUAGACUUAUUUUCUUGGGUCAUUUUGCUCAUCAAGAAAAGGCAUCUUAAUGUAAGAAUUGUUUGGAUAAUUUUAUUGAAAACAAGAAAAAAAUCAUUUUUUGCAGUGUAUACCAGGAUCAGAAAAGUUUUUUUUUAAAAUGUUUAAUUUCCUUUUAUUUCGAUCUGGUUCUAUAAAAAAAAGAUGUGGUGUCGUAUGUACAGAACUAGCAGCUACUGUUUGUUUUCUUGUUUUCUUUUUCAUUUAAUACCUAAUGCAAGCAUUCCUUGUGUUUUUGACACCUGUUUUCAUCCAAAUGUUAAUAAGACUUGUGUAUAUUAUAAACCUAAUGGAAAUAGUAGUAGUGUAGUUUUUUUAUCUUCCAUUCUCUCAAGUUUAAUAUGUUAAGGUUUUUUCCAAACAAUUUAUUACAGUUUGAUUUUCAGCUUGAAGUCAUUCAAGCCUGAAAAAAAUUGAAUGGUAUCUGUUGUGUUGACUGGAGGUCAUGGGUUUAAUCUGAAUUAAUAUUCAAGCCAAUUUAUUUAACAGACUAGAAACGUAAAAUAUGAAACUGUGAUUAUUGGACUAUAAAGAAAUAAUGAUUGAAGGCAUUCAGAUUUAUGCAAAAUAUGUAAAACUGUAUUUCAUAAGUUAAUUAUUUGGUGUAAAUAUUUGAUUUUUUUAACCACUGGCACAAACCACAAUGCUAAAUAUACAGUACAAUGCUCAGAAGAUGAAGUCAAUCUUACUCACUCUGUAUCAUAAUAGCAUUAGGGUCUUUUUUCAAAUUUGGGGCAUGUUAUGAAGUGAUUUACUUUUCUUGUAUGCACGAGUCAGUGUGUAAUUUUGCACAUAAAAAGUGUGACUUAUUCAUGUCUUGAACAAAAAUAUCAUAUCUGUACUGUACACAGAACAAUUCCCUUAGACAAAAUAUUAUGUUUUGAUCUUGUGCUUCUUUGUACAGUGUACACUUCAGGAAAUAUGUCAUCCUGAUACAAAUAUGUGACCCAGCACCACAACACCAGUCAUAACGGUCUAUUUUAAUUGAAUUAUAUGAAAGUUGAAUAUAUAGGCUUUCCAUUGAUGGAUGGUUUGUUAGGAUUUGACUAUUUGCAAAUCUGGAAUCUGUAGAUGAAACAAAAUCAAAAUAUUGAGCAAAUCAAAUUUUAAAAUUGUCCAAAUAAAGUUAUUUGCAACUGUAUUGACGCACAGAAAAUAAAGUUAUUGAUAUAUUUACAGUAGGAAAUGUACAGAAUAUCUUCAUGAUCUUUACAUGAUAUUCUAAUGAUUAUUGGCAAAAAAUUUAAAUCGAUAAUGUAUUUUGGCUUUUGCUGGUUCUGUGGUCCAGGGUCACAUAUCUUAAAAUUUGUGACACAACAUUAUAUGUCCAGAUUACGUAAUCUUUUUUGUUUCUGGACUUAUUUUGUAAAUUAUGCAAUUUUCUAUUUAUGUUUAAUGGGGAGUACUGUACACGUUCAGCUGUUAAGUCCAGCACAUUAACCAAACUUGCCAGUUACGUAUAAUCCUUGAUGCCAGUUUAUGCUUGGAUCAUUCUGAUCUGUAUAUCACUCACUGCCUGUGUGAGCAUUGCUGGCCUUUGUGAAAAGUUCAGAUUAAGUUCACCUACUUUAUAACACAUUUAUUUAUUUAUUUUUGUUUAUUUACAAUAGGUGUCUGUAUGACCAUAAACACAUAUAUGGUUUGUAUCAUAUCUUUAACAUUGAUGUUGUUGUUGUUAUAAAGUUUUAUGUCAUUGUAAAU